AUGGAGCUCCUCAAUCCAGACGGACAGUUGCGGAUUGGCCUCACACCGAGCGACGAGAUCGCCCUCUCGCUGCACUGCGAGGAUCCAGUCAAAACUGGCCGAUCCUGGCUUGAAGAUCAAGCCGACCAGGGAAAUGCUACCGCCUCGUAUCUCCUGGCAAGAAUCAUUCAAGUUGAACUCGAUCGAGUGCCCGAUCGGGAGUGGUGGGCGACAUGCCAACGCAUAUUCUUCCUGCUCGAGCAAGCCGCUCACGCCGGUCAUCUAAUGGCGGAGUGUCAUCUGGCUGAGUGCUACUACUAUGGCCAAGGAGUUAAGCGAGACCAUACCAAAGCUGUCGGAAUGUAUCGCCAUCUUGCGGACCAGGGCCAUCCACAGGCUCAGAUCGGGCUCGGUCUCUGCUACGAAGAUGGCAAGGGUGUCCAGCAGGACUUCAAUGUAGCCUUCGAGUGGUAUUCCAAGGCUGCAAAC